AUGGUGGACAAGGUGGCAGUGUACGUCCAGAUGCUCAAAUAUGGCCAAGUCGUGCACAUCUUUGCGACCCAUGCCCAAGCGUGGGCCCACAAAGCUGCUAUGAUCUGUCGAGCCAAGCAUAUUCAACUGCUCGCUGCGUGGAUACACCCGGAGGAACUUCCCCCAGACGAAGCGGUGCUGGUGGCUGGGGACGUCAAUAUUGACCAGUUUGGUAAACGAAGUGCGGAAUUCGACUGGAUGGCAGCUACCCUUCAAGUGGAGACGCCGUCGACGGUGCCCGAGGCGCCACACUUUAGCUUUGAUCCGGUCACGAACGUACUGGCGUCGUCCGGGAUGAGCAGCGGCGGAAAGGUCGAAAGGCUAGAGAUUAUGUUAUGGCAUCCACGAGACAUAGUCAGCCCUCGGCCAGCUGGUCGCCAGUGCUGCCUCUGA